AACCCUAAUUGUUUGAUACGAAUAUCGUCACGUCGGUUUUAAUUAUUGUGUAAUUAUUGUCGGUAUGGGCAGUCGAGCAGGAUACGAAUAUCGGUAUGGUUUUGCGGCGGCGUACGGCGGUGUGCUUCCACUAAAAACUUUUGGGUGGAGAAAGAAGCUUUUUUUCGAGAUUAGAACUAAUUUCAUACUAAGGAAAAGAAUCAGCAAAGAAGAAGAAGUGAUUAUUGGUUCGGAGAGAUUCGAUAUGAUUUUGGGUGACGAUUUUGAGGAUCCAACUUAUCUGAUACUGUGGAUUAAACCGAGGCUAAAAUCGUAUUGGAUUAUUCCAUCCGAUGAAAUUGAUUUAUUGCUUUCUGGAGCAUUCGAUUUUGCCAAACAGUGCUCAUCUAAUGAUAAUGAUAAUCUUGUUAUUCCGGCGGUUGUGAAUUUAGAGAUUUGUACGGUUCAGAUUGAAGGAGAGUCGAUUGAUGAUGCGUUUGAUAGGGCGAUUAGUGGGGAGUGUUUGGAACCAAUAUUCCUUAUGCUAAACUUUUCAGGUAGGAAUGAUGAGAUUAACAAGCUUGUUCCCUCGGAACUCCAGCGUUUCUUGAACACAAGACUCGACAAGGUUAGAGUUGAAGAUUUAGACGAGGGGUUGAGUCUUAUGAACGAGUGCUCUAUUUGCCUGCGUAGUCCGAUUGUCGGAUCUCGUAUAUCUGUGCUUCCUAAUUGCGGUCAUGCUUUUCAUUCACAUUGCAUUGUGAGAUGGUUUAUCUUGAGCAAUCUCUGCCCCUUGUGCUCUUGUCCUGGACAUUAUUUCCCGGUUUCUCAAGACUUUCCUUAUCUUUCUUCGUAUUAGCUUUUCGUUGUUUUACUUUUCAUAAGAUUUUUUUUUUCUUUUCUUUUCGAAAUGAAUGAAUUAUUAGAUUACUUUCCAUUGAUAUGGAUUCUGAUUAUU